AUGUCGGACCAAACUCACGCAGUCGUUAACCUUCUCCUGGGGCCUGAUGACUAUGAGUCCUACAUAAAAGAGAUUAUGUGCUUGCAGUACAACCGUGAAGUUACUGAAGUGGUAGCUCUCCGCCAUAACAACGCCAGAGUCUACAGCAUAAGCCUAACCGAAGCGCAACAUGCCCCGCCGCCAUUCAAUAAACGCUUCGGUGCCUCUCCCCUGCCCCCCAAUGCCACCAAAGUCAUCAUGCGCUUCUCCGAUCCAGCAUCGAUGUUGAACGAGGAGAUCCGCGUGCAGAACGAAGUCGCGGUAAUGUCCCUUGCAAGAGAGGCUUUGAAGCAACUUGAUCCUUCCCUCGUUCCCGAAAUUUAUGGCUGGCGCCCCUUUUCCGAAGGGCUUGGAUGGACUCUCAUCGAGUUCAAACAAGGUGUGCCUCUGGGCGAUAAGUUCCCCACAGUCGACGGCGUGAAGAAGAGAGAAGUGUUGCGACAGAUUGCUCAGGUCUUCAAGCAUAUUCAGGCAUACAAUCUUCCUCAGUCUGCCAGAACAUUUGGCGGCCUCAAUUUUGGCCCUGAUGGAAGCUUGACUGGCGGGCCCACGCCCAUUGCAGGUGGCGGACCUUGUACUUCGCUGUCAGAUCUCUAUCAAGAGUACUUCAAUACUCAGAUUGGAUUCGCCGACAGGUGUGACAUUGUCCAGGGUUGGGGGGACUCGGAUCUGAGAGCCCGAUUGGAUCAGUUUGGGUAG